CAGAGAGUAGUGUACUAUUUUGAUAGUGUCUUGAGUUUGCUUGUGGACUUUUUUUCAGCUCGCUGACUUUUAAACUCUAAUAUUUUAGAUAUUUUAGAUCAAAACUGUUUCGGGAAUGUUGUGUCGCGGUGUCAUGAGUCCUCUUCGUCAUUCUGCUGUGGGUUUGAUGUCCAGUCUUGCGCUGAAGGGGAGAACCGUGUGUCGCAGGACUCCGGUUAGCGUCCGCCUCUGCAGCAGCGGCGAGGAUGAGAAAAUCAGCCGCUAUCCUGUGCCUUACAAGAAAAACCUGCCGUACGACAUUGUGGAGCUGAUGGAGGAGGUGGAGAUGAAGGGUGGCUUCCUGCCAAACGUGUUCAAGGUGCUCGCUCACCGACCCGCCGAGUUCCGAGCUUUCUUCGGUUAUUAUAAUUUGCUCAUGAACAAAGAGACGGGUGGUUUGUCGAAGGCAGAUCGGGAGUUGAUAGUGGUGGCAACCAGCGCCCAUAAUAACUGCUUGUACUGCGUCGUAUCGCACAGCGCACUACACCGUAUUUACUCUAAGAAGCCCACGCUAGCUGAUCAGGUGGCGGUGAAUUAUAAAGUUGCAGAGCUUAACGCACGAGAGCGUGCCAUGCUGGACUUUGCCAUGACUGUGUGCCGCAGUGAGACGGUGACAGACGAGCACUUCAACUCGCUGGAGGCUCACGGAUUUGAUCGUGAGGAUAUCUGGGACAUUGCUGCCAUCGCCGCCUUCUUCGCCCUGUCCAACCGAAUGGCGCACCUCACAGACAUGAGACCCAACACGGAGUUCUACAACAUGGGACGAGUGCCUCGAGACAAACGUCCACCGGGCAACAAGAUGGAAAGGCCGUAGAGCCAUGAUGUGAAUAUUACCAGUUACCUGAAGAGAUUUUCAUGAUAAACGCAAAAUGUGUUUGUAAAGAAAGUGCAAGCCAAACCAGACGCGGCACAUUUCCGUUAAGGGAGUUGAAUGUUUUUUAUAACAUGAGAUGCUAACUUAUUCAACUAAUAAAAUAACAAAUAAGUAAUUUAGGAGUACAUUUCUAAACUAAAAUGUAAAAAGUAAUUUUUAAGAUGGGCUUUGUCGACAUUAUAAAAGCAUUGAAAAUGCGAGGAAUGUGUUAUCAGCAUAUUAUGAUAUUAAUGUAAUGGUAGUAUUAUUAUGAUAUGUCUUAUGUCUCUACGAGGUUAUGGAGCAGCAAAGGUUUAUCUAAAUGUCCAUCUCCCAAUGAGACAUCUCCCAAUCUUAGCCUUCGCACUGUCAUGCUGCUGUUCAAGUGUGACUAAUAUUCUCCCAAUAAUGUGUGUGAAUGUACAUGUAUAUAUGUGUAAGGGUACUGUGUUAUUCUAAAGUUAUUAAAAGAAAAGAAAAGUAUGUCAUUUUCUUUGUUUGUUUUUUUAUCCUAAAAAGGUCUAGGACACAGUUCAUUUAAAUAUAAUACAGAGUGAGUGAAAAGUAACUAGGCAUUAAUAAUUAGUAAUGAAGCCCAUAUCU